AUGAUGCGCGUGACGGCCGCCUUUUGCAUCUACGCUUCCCAGUCUUCCUCCUCUUCCUACUCUUCUUCCUGCGCUUACCGUAGCCAUUUUGGCCCAAGCCCUUUUGCUUGCAACGUUGUCUUGUGUUUGUGGUCUGUUUUUGCCACUCGCCUGUCGGCACUCCGUCUUCGCCACAUGGUGUUCGUGAAUGCCGACGGAUCUCGCAUGGUGGCGCUGGUAAUUGGCAGCGGGCACAGAGUUCGCAGCCUUGGCAUGUUCGAGAGGAUGCACGAGUUGGGCAUGAGCACUGUCGUCGUUGAUGGGGAGGGUUCUUGGGCUCAUGAGAUGGAGGUCACGGGUGUGGUGCACAAGGUGGUGGUCGUUCCAGGCCUCGGACAACUUCCGCAGGAAGCGGAGCUCGCCGCCGCAGUCGUGGACGCCUUGCGGGCCGCGUCGAUUGGCAACGUUACCGGUGCUUACAACGCGUACAACAAGUACUUACUCUUGACCGCUUUGGUCGCAGAGAAGCUGGGUGUGGUGACGAACAGCUACGAGGCAGUACGGAGAUGCGUGUUCAAAAACGAAACCCGCAAGUGCCUCGUUGCCCAUGGGCUGGAGCCGUGGAAAUCGUUCCCAUGUUCCACGACGCAGGACAUUGAGCAGGCUGUGGGUCAGAUUGCGUUCCCUGCGAUCUUGAAGCCGGCGAAAGGUUCAGCUUCUGUUGGUGUCGUCAAAGUCUUUUCCGCAGAGGAGGCCGUGAAGACAUUUUUGGAACAGCGCGCCGAGCGCAACACUCGGGACGAGGUUUUCCUCUUGGAGGAGUACAUUGACGGGCCCGAGUUCGGUGUGGAAAUCGUGAUGCAGCACGGCCGCCUCUUAUUUUGCUCCGUCAUGGACGCCGACAAGCAGAGCUAUGGGCAGUUCUUCCAGGGCACGGGCCGCAGCUUCCCUACUGCCCACGGGCAUGUCAUCGAGGCUUCUGUUGCCUCUCACUGCGUUGCUUCCGUGCAGGCGCUUGGCUUGACGACGGGGGUUUUCGACCUCGACGUGAGGUUCUCCCCGCAGUGUGGCGUGCGGAUCUUGGAGGUCAAUGCACGCAUGGGCGGUGGCUCUGUCCAGAGGAUGCACCAGCAUGUUUACGGCAUGGAUUUGGUGGAGCUUCACUUGCAGACGUGCAUGGGCAUCUCCGUGGGGCAUGUAGCCCACAUGCAUCCCUUGGAGCCCUCGAUGUGCUACGAGGCGGGCUGGGUGGAAUCCCCGUAUUCUGGAAAGGUCUCUGGCAUUGGCAUCGAUGCCUUCGCAGAGAGAUUGCGAUCCAUGUUCAGGGAGCAUCCGCACGUGUUGGAGUUCGUCCCCCUGUGUGACGACGGCGAUGCCAUCAACGGCUACAAGGUGCCGGGCUUGCCGUCUUCGUUGAUUAUGGUAUUCACAAAGGGCGCCGAGAAGAGUUUCGCCCGGAAGCACCUCGCCGGGGCGCUCUGUGCAGCGGAGGAGCGCAUCGCGGAUCUUGUCGAGCCAGAUGCUCCGCUUGCCCCCAAGGUGACGACCAGCGUCGAUGCCGUGGUCACGGCGGCAGUCGGCACCGCUAUGAUUUGCGCGGCCGCCGCUUUGACGCAUCCGUUGUUGUUCGAGCAGGUGAUGUCUCCAAGGCGGCGCAACGCUCCGGCCGAUUGCGCGUCGAUCCAGCCGUUUGAGGCGCUCGAGGCUUCUGCGGAGCUUAUGCCCUCGCCUGUGCCCUCGCCCGCUUACCCAGCAUUGGCGGUCGUCAGGUAG